UUUAUUGUGUGUGUGUGUGUGUGUGUGUUGCAGGAGCUGUGUCAGUGUCGUCCAUCCGACGGGAACUGUUCAUGUUGUAAGGAGUGUAUGCUCUGUCUGGGGACACUGUGGGAGGACUGCUGUGACUGUGUUGGGAUGUGUAACCCUAAGAACUACAGUGAUACUCCGGCCACCUCCAAGAGCACAGUGGAGGAACUCCAUCGACCAAUCCCCUCGCUGUUCCGAGCCCUCACGGAGGGCGACGCCCCUAUCAACAUGAUGGUGGUGUCCUUCCCCGUUGCCGAGGAACUAUCUCACCAUGAGAACCUGGUCUCCUUCCUAGAGACGCUUGACGACCAGCACCAGAACAUAUCUCUCCCCGCCAACAGCAUCCACGGCAACUACGACAUUCAAGAUAACAUGUGUACGGUGGUCUACUUUGACGACUGCGUAUCCAUCCGCCAGUGUAAACUAUACUGUGAGUCGAUGGGAGGGUCGAAGUACCGCUGGUUUCACAACGCCUGCUGUCAGUGCGUCGGCCCGGAGUGUCUGGACUACGGCAGCAAGGCUGUUAAGUGCAUGAACUGUCUGUUCUGAAGACUGACGACUCCAUGGUGGUGGAGACUGGUACCAAAUAUAUGGACCAAACCAAUGGGCGGCUCCAGAGAGGGGCUAGACGAUGCUUAAGCCUCCUCAAAAUAGCCUAGCACCCCCAAAAAAUAUUGUAUUAGUACAUCAUAUAUUACAGGCACCCUUAGCCUACCCCUUAGCCUACCCCUUAGCCUACCCCUUAGCCUACCCCUUAGCCUACCCCCCUUAGCCUACCCUUAGCCUACCCCUUUAGCCUACCCCCUUAGC